AUAAAAGAAAAAUGCCAUUAAAAAGAAAAGGUAAAGUUAAUAAGUUUGCUCGUAUGAGCGAAGAAGAACGUGUUCGUUAUAUGCAGCAUCGUGCAGAAUUAGAAUUAGAAGCGAAAAGACGUAAACAACAAUUGGUAGCAAUUUUUAGUAAGAACAAAUUGAAACGCGAAGAAGCUUUUUCUAGAUUAAAUACAGCAAAAAUAAAUGAACAGUGGCGAUUUAUUCUUCGUCGGAUUAAAUGUAAAGAAUUUUACGAAGAUGUAACGUAUCUUUGGAAAAACUUUGAUAGAAUGAUAAAUAAUAAGGAUAAAAUAGUACAGUUAUUGCAUGUAGAAAUAAAGAUGGCAGAUAUUGACCAUAGAAGAUCGCAAGAGGCUCAUAUUGGAAUAAUAAAUAAAAUUAUUGAAUUAUACAAGCAAAAACUUAGAGCUUUAUGUGAUGAUUAUAUUUAUAAAGUGCAUAGCGUUCAAGGUGAAGAAACAAUCGAAUUAAAUAAAUUGAAAAUAAAUAUGGAAAAGGCUUGUAAAGAAAUAAAAAUUAUUACUACAAAUGAGAAAAUAGAAUUUGAGAAAAUAUUAACAAAAACAAGAUCACAAAAUGCUAUUAAUAUUUGUAAUAUAAUUUCAUUGAGAAAAGAUAUGAUGUUAGAACUUCAAAACAAAAUUUCUAUUAAAAUAGAAAAUUUAUCAGAAGAGUUAAAUGAGAUAAUGUUAGAAUAUAAUAAAACUACAGAAACUAAAAGAAAACAGUAUGAAUUUUUAAAGGAACAGGAUGAUGCUAAUUUUACUGAAAUGACACAAUAUCCAAAAUUAAAUACACAAUUACAAAAUUCAAUUAAUACUAUAAAGAAUGAAAUAGAAAAUUUAUUAGAAAAAAGAAAGUUUAGCAUUAAUAAGUUGAAAUAUCAAAUGAAAUUUAUGAGAAACAAAUCAUUGGCGAUGAGAAAAAAUUUUAAAACUAAUCAGAUUUUAGAAUUUACACAGUUAAAAAAUUUAAGUGUUGUUUGUAAUAAUGUCAUAAAGGUGAGAAACGAAGUUAACGGUUAUUUUAAUCAAUUUUUUUUUUUUUAUAUAUUUUUUCUUCAUUUACAGGAUUUGGAAAAAAUUACUAAAAAAGGUUUUGCAAUGUUAUCAUUGAUGAAGUUAUGUUCAGAAUUAGAACCUUUAUCAGUGUCUAUUAAAAUGUAUAUUUCUUCUGACAUAGAUAUCGCAGAAGAAUCAACUAUGUAUUGCGUAUCUAAACCAUUUCAAAAAUUAGAAAAGUUUUGGUUGCGUUAUAAUCAUAUAAAGGUCGAAAAUAUUUCGAUGAAGAAAGAAUGUAAUAAAUUGUCAGCAGAAAACAAACAUUUAAGAUAUAUGUUACGUAAUUACCUCAUCAGUGUCUCCAGGAUGGAGACUACAUUACCAAUUACAUCAAUUGCUAUAUAAGUAUAAUGCAAAUAAAGUAAUUCAAAAGAUUUUGAUAAAAA